AUGGAACAAAUGUGGAACUACUCUACUCCAAUUGAUCCCGAGAGGGUCAGGGAAACUGGCUGCUUUACAACUUUGCCAGUGAGAAUCAACAACCGAGACGACAUCGCGAACGCAGCCUCUUCGCGCGUGCUCAAAGACUGGGCGGAGCAUACUGGGAAUCGAAAAAUAGACACCAACAGAGUUUCUUUCUCUCCGGUAGGAAGCUUUUGUUCACUCAUUUACUGUGAAACUAUUCCCGAGCGCCUGGAUUCUAUAUCAUAUCUUACAGACCUGUUCUUCUUGAUUGACGAUGCAACCGAAGAGGUUGAAAACGACAAAAUUGCCCAAGAGCAGUGGGUCGGUUUCUCAGGAGCAAUGACCGACACAAUUGGAGAGGCACCUCAGCGUGAUCACGACCUAGAGUUCAUGAAGAAAAAGAAGCUUGUGGCGCAAGUAAUGCUUGAUUUCUUGAGAAUAGAUCCGGCGCUUGGGAUGGAUCUGGCGAAGAGUUGUAAAGCUGGAUGGACUCCUCUAGCCGCUGGAGUGGAAUGGGACACCAUGGAAGAUUAUCUGGGUUUCAGGAGACACAGCGCAGGUCUUGACAUUUACUGGACAAAGACAGUAUUUGGGCUUGGUGAAAAGCUCUCUGAUGAAGAAGAGAAACUCAUUCGGCCACUUGUUUGGGCGGCAGAAAAAGCUGCUAUGCUUAACAACGACUACUGGAGUUGGGACAUUGAAUACUCUCAGGCAAACCAGAAGAUUGAAAGUUUAACCAACGCCGUUGCAGUCUUGAUGAGAAAAGAAGGAAUCUCUGCCGAGGAGGGCAAGCAGCGAAUUAAGGAUCUCAUCCUUUCUUACGAAGCCGAGUACCUCCAGCUACGUGCUCAAUUUUACAGCAACUUUCCUUCAGCACGUUUAUACCUGAGGAAACGAGUGGAGCUUGCAGGCUCAAUGGCAGCUGGCGUGAGUUUCUGGAGUGCCAAUUCCCCUCGAUACCACGUGCCGGAGAAGCAAGUCGAAAUAUCCUAUGUAACUGAAAAUACCGACGCCAAACUCGACCAAAGCUUCGAGACAAUUUCAAGCUCUACCUUGGACCAGUCAAGGACAGACAGUCGAGAUGCCAGCGAUACAGUAUCGAGCAAAAGCACCGACAUCACGAGCCCGAGUCCAGGACCCCGGGAGUUCGAAAAGAACUCAUACUUCGAUGUUCCAAAGCUGGACCACACGGCAAUCAAUGCCCCAAUUGAUUAUGUCCGCAGCAUGCCUUCUAAAGGCGUGAGGACAUCCUUGAUUGAUGCGAUGAACCAAUGGUGCCAGGUGCCAUCACCUCAGCUCUCAGUGGUAAAGAAUGUGAUCGAUCUGCUUCACAACUCUUCCUUGAUCCUCGACGACAUCCAAGACGAUUCACCCAUGCGGCGUGGUAAGACGGCCACCCACAUGAUCUUCGGCGAAGCCCAGUCAAUCAACAGCGCAACUUUCUUGUAUGUGCGAGUCAUACAGGAGGUUCAUGCCACAGGCAACCCAGCUCUAAUGAAGGUGGUUCUUGAGGAACUAGACGACCUUCACAUCGGCCAAAGUUGGGACCUGUACUGGAAAUACAACUUGAGAUGGCCAACAGAGGCUCAGUACUUCAGUAUGAUUGAUCUGAAGACGGGGGGUCUCUUCAGAAUGUUGGUUCGGAUGAUGCAAUCUCUAAGCCCUCGUCAUGAAGAGAACUUCGUCUGUGACACAUUGGUCUCCAUGGUCAGCCGGUUCUUCCAGGUCAGGGAUGACUACCUCAACCUUAAUUCUCGGGAAUACAGCACACAGAAGGGUUGGUGCGAGGAUUUAGAUGAAGGCAAGUUUUCAUACCUCAUCAUCCACUGCCUCGAGAACAGUCCUAUGUUCCGUGACCGCAUCAUGGGCCUUUUUCGGCAGAGAACAGGAUGCCAAGGGCUCAUGCCAAGUGUCGGUAAAGUGCAGAUCAUCGAGUACUUGCAAGAGGCCGGCAGUUUUGAUGCUUGCUGGGAAUUAUUAGACAAACUGGAGGAUGAAAUCGAGAGCGAGAUCAAGAGAUUGGAACAGGUCACUGGAGAACAAAACCCGCAGAUGCAUCUUCUGCUGAAGCUUCUCAGUGUCAAGAAUGAGAAGCCAGAAAAGGGAGCAGUCGCUGUGCCUGCAGGACUGUAA